GCCCCGCCCACCGUUCCCUCACCUGGGGAGAACCCGGUUUCUGUUGAGACUCCCCUGCCUGAUCACUUCCGCCUGACACAGGGCUGAGGAGGGAUGCAGCCAGAGGUGGAGCUCCUGGGCUCCCCCAGCCUGGGCAACCUCAGCACGCACAGAGAGGCAGCUGCACUCCUGGUGGACAUGGAGACCACGGAAGAGAUGCCAGCCCAAGACCUGGGCAGGCCCAUCAAAUCCUCGAAGCAGUGCCUGCAGCAGGUUGUUGCAGAAUACGAGGCUCUGGACAGAGAGCUGCCAUGCAUACGGAAGUUCUCUGCCCCGCCUGCCUCCCAGCCUCUCUGCCUUUGCAUGGAGACAUCGGAGGAUUUUACCCACCUGGAGGUACUAGAGGCGCUAGAGGCCAAGUUACCUGGGGCCAUGGAAAGCGGGCGAGUGAGCAGCAUCCGCUUUGAGAACAUGAACGUCAUCUGCGGGACCGCGGGCCGCAGAGACAGGUGGCUCAUCACGGUCGCGGACUUCCAGACGCGCUCGCGCCUGCUGCGCUCCGGGCUCAGCCCCCGCGGGCUCGCGCACCAGCUCGUGCGCCACGACGACCUACAGCUGGGUGACUACCGCUUGCACCUGCGCCGAGCGCUAGUCCGGCGGCGCAUGCUCGAGGCCCUAGGGGCGGAGCCAACCCAGGAAGACUGACGCAAGAGGGAGGGUGGACCCGGACUGCGCUUCGCAAUACGCCCCUGAUGGGGCGGGGCC